AUGAAACCUGGUGUCUUUCCAGUCUAUCUCAUUUCAAUGACCAAUGGCGAAACUCUGGCAGAGACUUCUUUAGAGUACUGUGAAGAACUGUAUGUGCAAAAAAAUUUAGUCAAGAAGCCUGGAGCCUUUGGUAGUGGAAAAAGGGAAGAUGGAAGCAGUGAUGGUGGAGCCAGCGGAGAUGGGGCUAGUGGAGGUAGAAGCAGUGGAGGCGGAAGUAGUAGAGAAGGGACUGGUGGAAGUGGAGCCAGUGGAGAUGGGACUGGUGGAACUGGAGAUGGUGGAUGUGGAGGAAAGGGAUGUGGAACCUAUAGUGGUGGAGCCACUGGAUGUCAAUACAGAAGAGAUGCUUGUCAACCAGGCUCAGAUCGGGUGUCAAAGUUGUGUGAACUUAUACAAAAGUGCAGUGUGGGUAUCCAGAGGCAGGAACCAUCUGCCACACAAAAUAAAGCAUGUACUGAAGCUGAGGAGGAUUUGGAAGAUGAUCAACUGUUGUGCACUCAGGAAAGCAAUGAAAACUAUUUUGCUGACACAGAGGAUUGCUCAAGUGUUUCAUCUGAAACUAAUAGUGCUUUGUCUGAUUUAGAAAGCGGGCAUGAAUCUUUAAGUGAGCUAACAGCAGUGCACAAUGUUAGCACAGCUAUUCAGAAAAAAGCUUCUGAAGCAAUGGACAUGUUGCAGUUGGAGAUGCGAAGAGUUGUUGGCAAAGUUGGUCGAUAG